CUGCUGGGUGGCGGGUAGUUCCCGCCGGCUGUGCGCGUCCGCCUCGGGGCUCGCUCGGGAGGAUAGGCGGCAGCGGAGCCCUCGGCGCGGCAGGCGGACGGGCCGGGCCCGAGCUGCGCGGGGCUGCGCGCGAGGCCCCUGCUCCCGCCGCCGGGCCCCGCGGGCGGCCGACCCGCGCCCUGCGGCGGCUCGUGCGGCUCCCGCGGCGGCGGCCCGCGCCGCGGCGCUUCCCUUUGUCCGCCGGCCGGGCGAGCUGCAGGCGCGGCGAGGGCGGCGGCGUCGGCGUCCGAGCGGCCGGUCGGAGCCCUCGCGGCGGCUGAGGCGGCGGCUCCCCUGCGGCCCGCCGCCCGCGCUCUGAGGCGAUGCCGGACCAGAUCUCCGUGUCGGAAUUCGUGGCCGAGACCCAUGAAGACUACAAGGCGCCCACGGCCUCGAGCUUCACCACGCGCACGGCGCAGUGCCGGAACACGGUGGCGGCCAUCGAGGAGGCUUUGGACGUGGACCGGAUGGUUCUUUACAAAAUGAAGAAAUCCGUGAAAGCAAUAAACAUCUCUGGGCUGGCGCACGUGGAAAAUGAAGAGCAGUACACCCAGGCUCUGGAGAAGUUCGGGGGCAACUGCGUGUGCAGAGAUGACCCGGACCUGGGAAGCGCCUUCCUGAAGUUCUCAGUGUUUACAAAGGAGUUGACGGCGCUUUUCAAAAACCUGAUUCAGAAUAUGAACAACAUAAUCUCCUUCCCUCUGGACAGUUUGCUGAAGGGGGACCUAAAAGGAGUGAAAGGGGAUCUGAAAAAGCCUUUUGAUAAAGCUUGGAAGGACUAUGAAACAAAAAUAACCAAGAUAGAAAAAGAGAAGAAGGAGCAUGCCAAGCUGCACGGGAUGAUCCGCACGGAGAUCAGCGGGGCUGAGAUCGCAGAGGAGAUGGAGAAGGAGCGGCGGUUCUUCCAGCUGCAGAUGUGCGAGUAUCUGCUGAAGGUCAAUGAAAUUAAGAUUAAAAAGGGAGUGGAUUUACUUCAGAAUCUGAUCAAAUAUUUUCAUGCCCAAUGCAAUUUUUUCCAGGAUGGACUGAAAGCAGUUGAAAGCCUCAAACCUUCCAUUGAAACACUUUCAACGGAUCUUCACACAAUCAAACAGGCCCAGGAUGAAGAGAGAAGGCAGUUGAUACAGCUUCGAGAUAUUUUGAAGUCAGCAUUACAGGUUGAACAGAAAGAGGAUUCACAGCUUCGCCAGAGCACAGCCUAUAGUUUACACCAGCCUCAGGGAAACAAAGAGCACGGCACUGAGCGGAAUGGCAACCUCUACAAGAAAAGCGAUGGGAUCCGAAAAGUGUGGCAGAAAAGGAAAUGUUCAGUGAAAAAUGGUUUUCUGACCAUAUCCCAUGGCACCGCUAACCGGCCUCCCGCAAAGCUUAAUCUAUUAACCUGCCAAGUGAAAACCAACCCUGAGGAGAAGAAGUGUUUUGACCUCAUUUCACAUGACAGGACAUACCACUUUCAAGCAGAGGACGAACCGGAAUGUCAAAUAUGGAUGUCUGUGCUGCAAAACAGCAAAGAAGAAGCUCUGAACAAUGCGUUUAAGGGAGAUGACAAUACGGGAGAAAAUAACAUAGUCCAAGAACUGACAAAGGAGAUCAUCUCAGAGGUCCAGAGGAUGACAGGCAAUGACGUGUGUUGCGACUGCGGGGCGCCAGAUCCUACGUGGCUCUCCACCAACCUGGGCAUUCUGACCUGCAUUGAGUGUUCUGGGAUCCACCGAGAGCUGGGGGUUCACUACUCCAGGAUGCAGUCCCUGACGCUAGAUGUGUUAGGAACAUCUGAGCUGCUGCUUGCCAAGAAUAUUGGGAAUGCAGGCUUCAAUGAGAUUAUGGAGUGUUGCCUUCCAGCUGAGGACUCGAUCAAACCCAACCCGAGCAGUGACAUGAAUGCAAGAAAGGACUACAUUACUGCCAAGUACAUUGAGAGGAAGUACGCAAGGAAAAGACACGCGGAUAACGCGGCAAAACUUCACAGCCUUUGUGAGGCUGUCAAAGCAAGAGAUAUUUUUGGAUUACUCCAAGCAUACGCUGAUGGUGUGGACCUUACAGAAAAACUCCCACUGGCCAAUGGACAUGAGCCGGACGAAACUGCCCUCCACCUGGCUGUCAGAUCCGUGGACCGGACUUCUCUUCACAUUGUAGACUUUCUAGUUCAGAACAGUGGGAACCUGGACAAACAGACGGGCAAGGGCAGCACGGCCCUGCAUUACUGCUGCCUGACCGACAGCGCCGAGUGCCUGAAGCUGCUGCUGCGGGGCAAGGCCUCCAUCGGCAUCGCUAACGAGUCAGGAGAGACGCCGCUGGACAUCGCCAAGCGCCUCAGGCACGAGCGCUGUGAGGAGCUGCUGACCCAAGCCUUAUCUGGAAGGUUUAAUUCUCACGUUCACGUCGAGUAUGAAUGGCGACUGCUCCAUGAAGACCUGGAUGAGAGCGAUGACGACGUGGAUGAGAAGCUGCAGCCCAGUCCCAGUCGGCGAGAAGACCGGCCCGUCAGCUUCUACCAGCUGGGCUCCAGCCAGCUGCAGUCCAACGCAGCAUCUCUGGCCAGAGACGCCGCCAGCCUGGCCAAGGACAAGCAGAGGAGCUUCGUGCCCAGCAUCUUGCAGAACGAGACGUACGGAGCCAUCCUGAGCAGCAGCCCACCGCCCGCCCAGCCUGCGGCCCCCAGCGCCGCCAGUGCUCCCCCGCUGCCCCCGCGGAACGUUGCCAAAGUUCAGCCAGCCUCCUCAGCUAACGCCCUGUGGAAGACAAACUCUGUAAGUGUGGACAGUGUAAGCCGGCAGCGAUCUUCGUCAGAUCCGCCAGCUGUCCAUCCACCGCUGCCCCCUCUCCGCGUGACAUCUACCAACCCCCUGGCUCCCACGCCACCCCCUCCGGUAGCAAAAACGCCCAGUGUGCUGGAGGCCUUGAGCCAGCAGAGCAAGCCGGCGCAGCCCGGGCUCCCGCCCAGCAAAGCCCCGCCGCCGCUGCCGCCGCAGCUGCCCAGCCGCCUGCCCCAGAAGAGGCCUGCUCCCGGGCCUGACAAGUCAAGCCCACUGAUCAACAAAGGCCAGCCAAGAGGACCUGCAGUGGAUCUCUCUGGGACAGAAACUCUGGGUCCUCUGUCCAACGCCGUGGUCACGCAGCCCCCGGCGCCCAUGCCCAGGAAGUCACAGGUGACCAGGCUGAAGCCCAAGCGGGUCAAAGCCCUGUACAACUGCGUGGCCGACAACCCCGACGAGCUGACCUUCUCCGAGGGGGACGUGAUUGUCGUGGACGGGGAGGAGGACCAGGAGUGGUGGAUCGGCCACAUCGACGGAGAUCCCAGUCGCAAAGGAGCAUUUCCCGUGUCAUUUGUGCACUUUAUUGCUGACUAAAUUGCUACUGAACAAAAACACUUCUUUUUAAAGUUAUGUCUUGUCUCAUUAUUGGUACCAAAACUCUUGCCAGAUAACCUGUUUCAUGAAUUGUAUUGUACGGUAGCCCACUUUCUCUAAGGCCACUGUUCUGCUUUAAAAACUCAAAGGCAAUUUAUAUACAUCAAUGAAUUGUUUUUAUAAUUCGUGUUUUUCAUGAAACAUUGCUACACUUUUAUUAGGAACAACUGAAUUUCCAAAAGGUGAACUGAAAAGUUAUUUUAACUAAAUAAUGAAGAUUCUGAAUCUACAGCAGUAGUUGAACCUAAAAAUGUUUUGAGUGUGGGAAAGAAAUUCGUCCUGUUUUUCUUGGCCCACUUCUGGGGUUGGUGACCUUCAGCACAAUUCUUUUUAGGAAGCCAGGAAAUUGUUGCUUUCAAAGUCCAUACCCAGCCCGCACUUUCUGCUAAAAUGCUUCAGUUCACCUUUAAAGACUUUUUUUUCUUUAAAGAUACCUUUAAAGAUUUCCUUUGAAACCCACCCAAUGUUUAUUGGAAAUGUAUACAUAAGCGUUGUACUUUCCAGCCCUGGUGUGUGAGGUUGCAACUAUCAGUGUAUCCUGCAUGUGUGUGUAACCUGUUGUGAACAAGCCUACUUGACCCGACUAUAGAUGGUUUAUUAUGGCAUAUGUCACAGCAGUUAAUUCAGUUCCAGAUUAUAUUAACUGCAUUUCCUGAAUCUGGUUAAAAACUAAGGUUGAUGGACUGCGAAACAGUUCUUUAAACUAGUUUCUAUGCUUUAGGUGUUCGGGAUUUGCCUUCCUGAGCCUCCCGCGUCACACAGCUAGAGUACCGUGGUGCAGACCGACCCCCCCAUAUUACCACAAGACUUGCUGUUUCCUAUCGAGUGUACCACUGCCUUCCCUUUCUAGCCCAAGAGAAUGUCCACUCAGUUAGUGUCUUGUAUUUAUAUAAUAUACCAACAGGAAUGGUAGUUACACUGUCUUGAAAUUUAAUCUGUCCAUUUGUUUGUAAUCAAGAGCAUAUCAGAAAUCUGUAGGUCCCAGGUAAUAAAAUACUCUCAAACAUCCCGGUUUUACUAUUGGAGUCCAUCGUAUCAUUCUUAAGCUACUGGGGGUGGAGAGAUUAGGUUGUAUAUGAUAAAAUCAAAAAUUCAUUAGUUUAAUGAACUUGACUAUCAUACCUCUAUUUGGUAAUUGUGUAAGACUCAUGGUAGGUAUAUUGGAAAUUCUGGCACUCUUUGAGAAUAAACAGGCAUAUGAUGACCACUUAGAUUUUUACCCAAAGCGAAGGAGCAAAUUUAAGAAGAGGCUUGGAAAGCAAGGAGACGGACGAUGCUGUUAGUGUGUUUGUUAUGAUGGUACAUUUGAUUGAAGCAGCCUGUCUUUAUUAUGCAAGACUCUUGUAAGUACAGAGCUUUUUUUUUUAAAUUGCAUUGUAUUUUUUCAUUGUUAUAAAGGGAGACAGAAUAAACUGGAAUGUUUUAUGAUGUUGUAUGGCAAUCUGCCUUUCAGAGUUCUGGGAAAAAAUGUGUUAGAUCUGUAAUUAAAGUCUUUUUUUAAAAGCACUACAUCUGUUUUCACUAAUGGUUAAUUUCUGGUUUUGAACCCUUCAUUUAGUUAAUUCUCUCAUAGGUUUAAGAAAGUAAACAGAUGUUUUGCACAGUGCACUUCCUAUGUAUAUUUUAAUACAACGCUCCCACAUCUGUAUCUUAUAAUCAGCCUUUUGACUACUUGGUGCCAGCUGUGUAAGGAAUUAAAGUUGAUUCUUAUCAGCAUUUGAACACCAGUCCCGAACUGAUAUAUCAGGUUCACUGGUACAUCAAUAUCUAGGAAAUAUUUUUCCAAUCUACAAUUUGGUGGUGCUGUUGUGCAGUAAUUAAUACUACUCUUGCCAGAGGAGAAAUUAUAUUAACUUCCCUACUAAUAUCCUUUCCUAGUUAUUUGCUCUUUGCAAAUUAAAAAAAAAAGCAACUGAGAGAAAGGAACACAUUGUAGAUAUCUAUUUAUAUUUAAAGUUUACAUGUCAUGAACUUAGCUGCAGGAUUCUGGCAUUUGGCGUGCCAUUCUCCAUCAGAUCUGACUUCUAGGGAUGGCGACUCAGAAAUCUGUCCACAGACUAAUGGUUACUGUGUGAUCUGUGAAGGGGUGGGCGGGUACCACGGUCCACAGGGUGGAUACUGUCUGAGAUGUAUGAUAUUCAGUUCAUUCACUUGAUUACUUCGGUCUAGUUGCAGCGCAACUGUAUAUACUGUAUAACCUAAAUCAGUUCUUAUUUUCAUUGUCCUAAUUAGAGCAUGUUUAAUAAGUUUACUCUUCUUGUUAGCUAGUCCUUUGACUGGAAAAAAAUAAAAUACUUUUAAAUGGA